AGCGCGGCAGCGGAGCGCGGCGCCGCCGCGGGUGUGGGCGCGCCGGGAGCCCCGCACGGCGGCCCGGGGGCGGCGGGCGGCACCGCCUGGCCGGCCGGGGGUGCCGGCCCUGCGCGCCCCGCACCGCGGCCCGGCCCGCCGAGAGAUGGCGGAUUCCUAUACCUGUAAGGGUGGAAGGAAAACUGCAGGCUCUAACAAACCCACUGCCAGCAAGGAAAGCAGGACGGAGACGAGGAUAAACCCACCGGCAGAGCUGCCCAAGCUGGGAAAUGCAACCAGUGACAAAACCGAAGGCAGGAAGAAAGGAAGACCCAAGGCUGAGAACCAGGCACUGAAAGACAUCCCUCUCCCCCUGAUGAACCAGUGGAAGGACGAAUUCAAAGCCCACUCUAGGGUGAAAUGUCCCAAUUCAGGCUGCUGGCUGGAGUUCCCCAGCAUUUAUGGCUUGAAGUACCACUAUCAGCGCUGCCAAGGGGGUGCGAUCUCGGAGAAGCUGACAUACUCGUGCUCAUACUGCGAAGCUGCCUUCACCUCCAAAACCCAGCUGGAAAAGCAUCGGCUCUGGAAUCACUUGGACCGGCCAGUGCCAACCAGCAAAGCAGAAAACAAAGUGCCCAAGGCCAUUGGGAAGAGCAGUGGAAAGAAAAGACCUGCUGAGAGUUCAGCUUGCCCCACCAUCCAUCCCAAACAGGCAAAGACGGAAAAAGCCGUGGCCCAGGAGCACGCGGAGAAUGGCGAGUGCCUGGCGGAGAGCCGGGAGAGCAAGGAGUUCCAGAUUGCAGCAGCUGAGGCGAUGGCAGCUGCCACCCCCACGGCCAAAUCCUCCAGUGGCAAGGACGUCGGGCAGCAGCGGGGCAGCCAGGCCUCGCUGCAGGAGGAAGACCCUGAGAGGAUGAAGCACAGAAGGAAACAGAAAACUCCUAAGAAGUUUACGGGGGAGCAGCCAUCCAUCUCGGGGACAUUUGGACUGAAAGGUCUUGUCAAAGCAGAGGACAAAGCAAAAGCUCAUCGAGCCAAGAAGCUGGAGGGAAAUGCCAACGUGGAGGAGCUGAAGAAGAAACCUCCAGGAGUUGGUGUGAAGAAGGAAACACCUGUGCAUCCACCAGCAGCAAACCCUGAGGACCAGUGGCAGCGGGAGAUCAGCGAGAAGGGGGAGGUUUCCUGUCCAACCUGCAGUGUUAUAACUAGGAAAACUAUUGUGGGACUCAAAAAACACAUGGAUGUCUGCCAGAAACUGCAGGAUGCCUUGAAGUGUCAGCACUGCAAAAAGCAGUUCAAGUCCAAAGCUGGGCUGAAUUACCACACCAUGGCUGAACACGUCAGCAAGCCUGUUCCUGUGGAAACCGCUGGACUUGGUGAACAGGAAGAGCGGGAAAGGCUGAGGAAAGUGCUAAAGCAGAUGGGAAAACUGAAAUGCCCCAAUGAGGGUUGUGUGGCCAACUUCUCCAGCCUGAUGGGCUACCAGUACCACCAGAAGCGGUGUGGCAAGCAGCUUGCCGAGGCCGACAAGCCCGUGUUCAGCUGCCCACACUGUGGCAAGAAGUACAAAUCCAAGGCUGGCCACGACUAUCACGUGCGGUCAGAACACACGGCCUCGGUGAGCCCCCCGGACGCCUCGGCAGCCCGAGGAGCGGGGCCAUCCCCCCCCGGGGGGGACUGCAGAGCUGCGGAGCCCGUGGGCAGGACAGAGCCGGGCAGGGCCGGGCCGGGCAAGCCUCCAGAGGAGCCAGAGGUGAAGCCGGAGCCUGGUCCUGUAGAGGAUUUUGAGAGGACCCCGAGCGGCCGCAUCCGCCGGACGUCGGCCCAAGUAGCUGUCUUCCACCUCCAGGAGAUAGCAGAGGAUGAGCUGGCCAGGGACUGGACCAAACGGAGGAUGAAGGAUGACCUGGUGCCUGAAACAAAGCGGCUCAAUUACACCCGGCCAGGGCUUCCAAAGCUCAAUCCCAGGCUGCUGGAAAACUGGAAGAAUGAAGUGAAGGAGAAGGGCCGCAUCAACUGUCCUAACAACUGCUGUGAAGCCAUUUAUUCCAGUGUCUCCGGGCUGAAAGCUCACCUGGCCAACUGCAACAAGGGGGAACACUCAGUGGGCAAGUACCGCUGCCUCCUGUGCCAGAAGGAGUUCAGCUCCGAGAGUGGCGUCAAGUACCACAUCAUCAAGGCUCACUCGGAGAACUGGUUCCGAACCUCCUCAGAGGCCAGCCGGAAAAAGAAAAACAGGGAACAGCUUUCUUCCAGCAAAGAGGAGAAAAAGAAAAGCACAAACGGGAAGAAAAGGGGGAGAAAACCCAAGGAGAGGCCUCCGGAAAUGUCCCCGAAGGGCAGAGAGAGCGUGGCAGCAAAGACUAAUCACAAGAAAACCCUCGAGCACUGGGAAGGCUCCCGGGGCAGCCCCGAGGGGGACGAGCUCACCCUCAAGCCCCCGAGCCAGCGGAAGGGAGGAGCCAGCAAGAUGCCCGAGAAAUGAGCAGCUCAGAGACUCGUCUCCGAGGAUUCGUUUACAGCCCAGGGUAACAGGGUGGGGGUCUCUCCCAGUUUUAUGUCCCCUCCUCCCCAUCCCACCUCCUCUUGCCCCACCCUCCUCUCACCCUCUUUUUACAAAAAGAAAGGAAAAAAAAAAAAGAAAAAAAAAAAGAGACAGAAAAUACCAGUUAACCACUUUAAACAAAUCACGGACCUUGUUUCACACUGGAAAACAAACAGGAUCAAGGAAGCUGGAACGUUCUCCACCCCCUGCCCAUGUACAUAGCCCUCGGUGGGGCCCCGCUGCCUCCCCCGGCCCGUGGUUCCCCUCCCCUGCGCCCACCUGGUGACGCUUGAGCGAAAGAGAAGUGCAAUAGCAGCGGGGUCCCGUGGGCAGGGACCCUCCCCGGCGGCUCCGUGCCGCUCCGGGGGGAGCUGCCCGCUGUCCGGCGGCCUCCCAGCUCCGGGGUGAUGUUUCCAAAGAUGUUUGAGCCGCUCGGGCCGGGGGUCCGGCAGAGGAUGCUGCGGUGAGGGGGAGUUGGCAGCGCUUUCCCUGCAGCCGGGGGCAGGGGCUGGGCAGGGAGCGGCUCCGAGGGCUCGGCAGGGUUUGUCUGCGAGGUGCCAGGCACGGGCAGAGCAGGAGAGGGGUGCUCUGCAGCUGGUCAGGCUGGAGGGUUUAAUGGAAAGUUGUGGGAAUGCUGUGGGCACCGUGGAGAGCGGCGGUGCAGCCGUGGAGGGGGUGCAGUGAGGGGGCUGUGCCUCGGUGCUCGGGCUGUGUUUGCCGGGCCUGGGGCGCUGCGAUGGCAGAGACACGAUGGCAGUGCCGGGGUCAGGGGGAGAUGGCAGCCAAGGAGCUGCCCCCCGGCCUGGGGGCAUCCAAGGGGGAUUCAGGGUCCCACUGUGCUCCAUCCCGACGGUGCCGAUCAUGCAGGAGGCAGGAAUGGAGUCUCAGUUCCCCAGCUGUGGCCACAGGAGCUGUGUAACAGGGACGGGGGCAGCAUCGAGAGACAAUCAUGGGUCCUGCUGUAGGAUGAGCCCAGUUGCUGCCCAGGCGCCUCACAUUCCCCUUGUCCUUUUGGGCUGGGACCCACCGUAGGAGGAGUCUCUGCUUCCAAAGAUGCAUCUGAGCCCCUGACCACCCUCCUCAGGGUGGCAGGUCCCUGUGGUGCCAUCCCUGCUUGUGCUCUUCCCUGGAGCUCUUCUUUGCUCCUGUGCUGACACUGUCAUCACACCUUGCUCCAGCCCGGGGGAGCCAUCCCUGGACCGGGGUGUGCCCGUCUCCAGACAAAACCAGGCUACCUCGGUCCUUGGGAAAUGGGCACGUUUCCUCUCAGUAGCACAACAGAAAACCUUAAAUUGAUUUUUCCCCUAUGCAGAGCCAGGAAAGAGGCAUCAGAGGGGGACCUUCUGCUUUUGCUUUAAUCAAUUCAAACCUCAGUCCUAUCUUUCCCUGCUCCGAGCAGCAGCUCAGUCACAAUUAACAUCCUCCACUGGCAGGUUGUUCCAGGGAGGACAGUGGUGGCUGAAGCCAGGGUGGCUUCUCAGGGAGCCAGGGCUCCUGCUCUGUCCUCCUGGAUCCACCCUCUGCAUUUGGGACGUGCCUCGGGCAGAGGGAACUGCCUGAGCAUUGCUGCCUGGAGGCAAUUAGUGAGAAAGCUUAAUUAGUCACUGCAGCUCAGCCUGGUCACUGCUUGCACUUCAUCAGAUCGUGUUUGGAUGGUGUCACUGGGGUAGAUCCUGCCUCCCUGGGGAACAGAGAGAGCUUUGGGAGCUGUGGGACAGCUUGGAACAGCUCACAGGCAGCAGCAGGAAGGGGAGCACAGGCAGAGCUGUGGGCCUGGCACUGAAGUCUCUGUGAGGGUGCAGAGGGAGCCUCUGGAUCCCAAAACCAUGUCCUGUCAUGGAGGAAAGCCCCCAGGAAAGCUCCAUGCCCUGGCCUAGGGAAGGGAGAUCUGGGCAUGGCCCGGGCUGCUGGCUUGGAUGGUCACCACACACUCCUCACUGUCUCCCCUUGGGCAUGGGCUGGGACUGUUCUCAUUACAUGCAAUUAAUUGGCUUCUCAUUGAUUAAAUUAACUGGCAGCACUGUGCUCCACAGGCGGGGAGCCCUGGGAGCUGCUCAGGGCAGGGUAGACGUGGGAAAGGGCCAGCUCAGGGGGUCACCGUGAGGUUCAGAUCAAAAUGCACCUCUGCUUCCAUAAUGAGUGUCUGGCAGGAGCAGGGACAGCUGCAGUGGCCUCGCAGAGUGACACCAGCCUGGAGGGGACCCCAGGGACAAUCUGGGGUCUCAGGGCAGGCUAUGGGAGCAGCAGUCCUCGUGCUGGGGCUGUCCCUGUCACCCUCAGAGCACUCACAGCCCCAGUGAGGGCAGCACCAUAGUCAGGAGGGAAUUUCUAUGAGAAAGUGAAAUCUUCAGGUUUUUUUUUCCCCCCAAAAAGGUGUUUUCCCCACUAGUCAUCACUCAGAGAGGAACAUGUUCCCCACACACACACACCUUCUCCAUGAGACAUCCUUUACUCUCCUGCUUGUCCAGGGAAGGUUCCAGAGCAACGCUGGGAUCACCAGCACCUGCCAGUGCCACAACAGGUGAGCAGGCAGGGCCAAGUGACACCACAGUGGCACUGCUGGGGCCAGUAGGUUGGGCCCCUUCAGGUGCUCCCAGCAAGGCAGUGCCAGAGGGGAAACCACCUUGAUCCAGAGGCACGGGCAGAGGCUUUGGGACCAGAUGGGGGACGAGUUGUCCUGUCCCCUUCCGUCCUAUCACCCGUGGGAUUUGGGGAUUUUUUCAUCCUGGGCACUGACGCUGUGGUCCUGCACCUCAUCCCAUCACCUGUGUCCCCAAGGAAAGGGUUAAACCUCCAUGGGAGCAAGGCACGGACUGCAAGCCUGUGGGAAGACCUCAUGGAAAGCUUGGAUUGUGGGGAAGUGGGGAGCCCUCGGCACCAACACCCGUCCUGGUGAGGUUGGCUGUGUCAGACCAGCUCCGGCCACAGUGGAUGGAGCUGCCCAAGCCUGGAGCAUCUCCCACCCCCAGGAACCUUGAGAGCAUUUUGUUCUUUUCUUUCUCUCCUCGUGACACCCAUCCCACGGCAUACCCGAAUGUUUCUCGUCGAUGCCAGUUAUUAGUGCAUAAGUGUAUUUUGGGGAAAAAAUUAAAACAGAAAAAAAAAAAAAAAAAAAAAGGAAAAAAAUUUUCAAUUUAUCACUUGUAACCAUAUAUAUAAAUAUAUAAAUAUAUAUAUUAAAAAGUGUUUAUUUGCAAAAAAUAAAAUUGUUUUAACGGUAAACUAUCUUAUAAUAAACUCCCGAUUUGUGACGAUCUGUUCUUUUGUUAAUCAUUGACAAAUCCUCAGUUGGAGAGUACUGUCCGAGCAGCUCCGAGCAGCCGAGCAGCGCCGAGGCGCUCCCUGUACUGUAUGUAUGAAGCAGCUGUAUCGAAUAAAUGGUUAUUGAUUUUUUA